AUGUCGCAGGGUCCGCGGCGAGGGAGUGAUGACACCUCCCCUGCCUCGAGGAACCGGGACUAUCUGGGUCCGCGAUCCGACGUUCUAACACCGCGCGGUGGCCCUCGCCAACCCUCUCCGUUGCACACCAGCUCCCUCCCGCUAUCCUAUCUCCACGACGACUCGGCCUCGUCGCAGAGCCCGGUGUCCGCCCGAUCGAGCGCAAACCCGUCCCCUGCCACAAACCGCUCGCCGAUGGCUCGCGUAGCCAAUGCUGCGUUCCCCGCGCCCCCAUCCUCCACUGCCGCGAGCUCGUCUCGAGCGCCUGAAAUGACAAGCCCGGAGGCAUCGGCAGAUGUGACCGGCGGCUUUACCAUGCCGAAACAAUCAGCCGGACCUGAGCCCGAUCGAUCGGAAACUUCCUCGCCAAAAUCUACAACCAGUUCCGUACCCGGAGAUCGCGCGACUCAGCGCACGAUCCCUCGAACCUCGUCGAUUGAUUCCGCCAUCUCGUCCCUGUCUACUCCAUCACACAAAUCAUCUUUCGACGCGAACGCCUUGAGCCCAGCGGAUAUCAACAACCUUAUUAGCAAGGCUGGCUCGCCCGAGGCCGUCAUCAUCCACCUUCUGAAAGAAAAACAUCACGCAGCAUCGCAAAAUGGUCAGUUGUGGAAAUUGGUGGAUAAACAACGGACUUUGAUCUUGGGCCUCAACAAGGAUCUUGAGCGAGCGUUCAAGGAGAAGGACCAUUACAAGAAGAAGCUCAAGGAGAUUCAACAAUCAGCGCCCCCGCUCCCCGCUGCUGAUUCUCGCGGACUGUCGGCGGACCGUCACGAUUCUCUUCUUCCCAAACCCCUGUCUCGACUUCAAACUCAACCGGCAAACGGCGAAGGUCGAAGCGACCUGCGGGCCGAAGAAAACGCCCAAGCUACCGAGUUCGGUCCCACCAGCCCUACCUCCCCCGGCGACAGCAAGACAAGCCGCAAGGCACCGCCUGCUCCCUUGAACUUGAGACAGAAGGAGAAUGUCGACCCUAAUGACUCCGGGUCUGAUUACGGGGACGUUUUGGAAGUUGAUGAAUUACGCAGCCAGGAACGGGGUAGGAGAAAAACGAGGGAGGAGGAUGACCAGGACCGUGAAGCUGAGCUGCAAGAUGAGGCGGGCAUCUACGAUGGUGCGAAACCAAGCAAAUCUGGAACUUCCCAAAGCUCAAGAGAGACCGCAUCAACCGGCUCGACGCCGGUGCCCCGGGAACUGUCGUCGAGGUCGCCACCAAAUGUUGGCGGAGCGGGUUCCCUGGGAAGCAUUCUGAGCUCUCGCACAGCUCCUUCCAGUGGACGCAAUAUGAUGGCCACGCCUAAGAGUCCAGGAUUGCCUCUGAGCCCGAGACCAGAAGAUCGUCCUAUUGGCUCCCCCUUGCCGAGAAUGCCCACCAGAGACAUCACAAACCCCAUGGCAUCCCCGUCGCUGGCAACCGGAUAUAACCUAGCAGGUCUGCCUAAUUCUCCGCGAGCGCCCAAUUACCCAGUGCCUUUCUCUCCGGGAGAUGCCCCAGGCACGACCGGACGACCCGGCAUGUCUAUUCCAUCAAUCGAUCCCGCUGUCAAAAUCGACAGUCCGAUAUCAGCCAAAUUCUCUGAGAGCAGUAUUUAUCAAGGAUUGGUGUCAGAAGAGUAUCCUGGCUUGCUUUUACCGCCCAAUGCGCUGCCUCUGAUUCAAGUGAGAGUCUCUUCGUCUCGACUUCGGCCUUCGAGGAACAGCUAUCUCGCAUCCAAACCCCUGGACGAGGAACCUGUUUUUACACUCAGCGUGAUCUCUCGAUCGGAAGUGUCAGAACUCUGGCGAGUUGAAAAAGUGAUUGGGUCCCUUCCUCAGUUGGACCAGCAGGUUAAACAAACCUCCUCCUUUGCCGGGAAGUUGCCUGACCGGGCCAUUUUCAGUGGUCACUCUCCUGCGAAAAUUGAUGCGAGACGUGCUGCUUUGAAUGUGUACUUUGACAGUCUCCUGGACACGCAUAUGGAUGAAACCGCUGCAUUGAUCGUCUGCCAAUUCCUGACGAACGACGCUAUUGAGGCUCGAGAUGACGAGACCAGCCUGCUGAAAGGCUCCCCAACCAGGCCCGACAUCCUUCGUGGGGCCGAUGGGAAGCCGCGAAAGGAAGGCUAUUUGACGAAGCGUGGCAAGAAUUUCGGUGGCUGGAAAGCGAGAUACUUUGUCUUACAUGGCCCUGAGCUGAAAUACUUCGAGUCGCCAGGAGGUGCUCAUAUGGGCACUAUCAGGCUCCACCACGCUCAGAUCGGCAAGCAAUCGCAAAACUCCAGCAGCCAGGCUACCUCCGGAGGUGACGAUGACGCCGACAAUCAAUAUCGCCAUGCGUUCCUCGUCCUGGAACCGAAGAAGAAGGAUUCCUCGGCGCUUGUACGGCAUGUCUUGUGUUCUGAGAGCGACGCAGAGCGGGACGCCUGGGUGGACGCUCUGAUGGAGUAUGUCGAAAGCGCUUCGUCCGACAAUGAGAGUAGCCGUGGUCCCCCAUCGUCAAAGAGUCAAGCCUCUACAUCGGCAAAGGCACCCUCCGCUGGAUCUGAACCUAGAUCUGCCGCCAAGUCUAAACUGUUUUCCGGCAACGGAAGCAAGAAACCUGCCAAAAGGGAUGAGAGUCCGGACGUGGUUGUCGGAGACCCGGUCCAAGGAUUCAGCUUUGACGAUGCUAUUGCAGCCGAGCCCCCCAUACUGGGUACCACUCUCGAUCAGGCGCCUCCUCGUUCUCCACGGUUCCCGUCUACCAUGUCAAUGGCUUUCGGUGACACCACCAUCGAACCGGCGCUGCAGUCUCCGAAGAUGAUAUCUGCACCCAAAAAUGGCGCAAUCAUUCAAGACGUAGGCGCUUGGGGCAACAAACCAACAACAACAACAUCUACCAAGGAAAAGAAGCGCAGUAUCUGGGGCUUCCGCACACGAUCCUCUUUUGACCUGGCAUCUCAAGGCGGAGCCAGCAGUGACAUCUCCGCUGCCAACAACAACGUCCAAGCGGAACGGAAGGACCCGGUCAGGCCCGUCUUCGGGAUACCGCUAAUUGAGGCCGUGGAAUAUUGUCCGCCCCAAGGCGUUCAUGUGGAGUUGCCGGCCGUGGUCUAUCGUUGCAUUGAAUAUCUUCACUCCCAGGGAGCAGCUUCCGAAGAGGGAAUCUUCCGUCUGAGCGGCUCAAAUGUCGUGAUCAAGGCUCUGAAAGAACGGUUUAAUACCGAGGGCGAUAUCGAUUUCCUUGCCGGAGACCAGUAUUACGACGUCCAUGCAGUCGCUUCCCUUUUCAAGCAAUAUCUGCGGGAGCUUCCGACGACGGUGUUGACUCGCGAGCUCCACUUGGAUUUCCUUCGUGUUUUGGAACUUGAUGAGAAACAGAAGAAGCUCGCCGCAUUCAACUCCCUCGUGCACAGAUUGCCGAGUGCCAACCUGACGUUAUUGUCCGCUCUGUCACAAUUUCUGAUCGAGAUCGUCAAUAACUCCGAUGUCAACAAGAUGACCGUCCGUAACGUGGGCAUUGUCUUUGCUCCGACUCUCAACAUCCCUGCCCCAGUGUUCUCGAUGUUCCUCACAGACUAUGACAGCAUCUUCGGCGAUUUAUCAUCUGGCCCUGGUCCAUCCAUAGAGCUGACGGUCGACGAAACCCGAACCCUCUCGGCGGAUGAUAUUCGCUCCCCACGCCACCAAAUGUUCUCGGAGAUCCCCACGCCUUCGUACAACCAAACCUCAUUCCGGGGCCAAAGUGAGCCCAAUAGUGCCGUCGAGCCUCCCAGAGCGCAGCUCCAAGAUACCGGAUUUAUCCCCAUGCAGCCGACUUACGACCAAAAUGCUUAUCAGCAGCAAAUGUACAAUCAGCAAGCAGGGGGCUCUGCGGGAUUCACAUCGCUGAAUGGUAUGCUGGUUCCCAACAACCCAGAUGACACGCGUUCGGCCCGAUCAAAGAGGCGCGAAAGCUCGAUGCUUUUCAUGGAGAACAGUACGUACAGCCAGUCCGCUGAGUAUCACAGAUAG